AUGGAUGCUGUAACCUUCCCCAAGGUGAGGGCUGCAUUUGAGAACUUCCUAAACUUCCUGGAACACGACAACGCUCAAAAGGAGAGGUAUGGUAGUAGUUGUGAGCUCCACGCAAAAAAGCUCACCAUCCCGAGCCCGGACCUUGAGCGGAGCCGUUCAAGAUCUAGAACGCGGCAGGGGUCGACUAGUUCCACUUCGCCGUUGUCUUCUCCCACAAAGGAACUCCAACAUCAGCAGCCAAGCGCCUCCCUAGAUGAGCCGCUGCCACAUGACAACCCCGACUCAAUGCGAAAGGGCAUCAUCUCCUUGAUCAGACUUUUCAAGGGCCAGGACAUCUCUGACGAAGAAGCCACGCGUGAAGCUUUGGCAGCCCUGGGGGCUCCCAGUGACUCCACGUUGCCACUUUGCAAAGUUUCUCCUCAGGCAGGCCCGGGGGCGGUGGACAAGCUCAUGUUGGCAUUCACUUCCAAACAGACGGAACAGGCCAGAGCUGCCAUUCAUGACCUGAGACAAGCUAUCAAAGCUGUGGACACGUCAACGGGUGCAAGGACGAUCCAGAUCUCCUUUAGACGACCGGUUGACCCUAUUGAGGUCGCUGAAAGGGUCGAAUUUUGGAAGGGCGAGACGGGGCCGAAGAUCCCGGUUGAGCCUCUCGAGAUUCGUAGGCAUGGGAGUUGGAAGAAACCAGUGGGACCUCAAUCGUACGCCACCGCAGGAGGUGAUGCCCGAAAGUUUGUCCUCAGACUCCAGAUAGCCUCUGGCGCAAAGGUCAAGAAACUGAGCCUCCAAGUCAAAGUUGCAUCCAAAGAACUUUUGGUGCUGGGCGCAAAGACGAUCCUAACAGAAGAAGCACCAAGCAUGGUUAUGCACUUUGGCCCCCAUGCUGAUGUCCAAAUCUUAGCUGGGGCGGUGCAAAAAUUCGACGUGUCACAGUUUUUCGGGGCUUCCGGAGCGUAA